CACACAACGGCUGAAAACUUCCACUGCAUCUCAUUCUACAACACUGCCGAGCAAUGAAGACAUACUUCUGCUCUAAACACCUGCUUUGAGCAAAUCAAAGGAUCUUUGUAAACUGAGAGAAAGAGCAUUAAAAAAAACUUUGCAAAGAUGAUUUCUGCAUGUCUGGAGAUGAUUGGACUUGGCUUGAGCGUCACCGGGACCCUUUUGGUGAUGGUGGCUUGCGGGCUGCCCAUGUGGAAAGUGUCCGCCUUCAUCGAGGGCAACAUCGUGGUUGCACAAAACAUCUGGGACGGGCUGUGGAUGUCCUGCGUGGUCCAGAGCACGGGUCAGAUGCAGUGUAAAAUGCACGACUCCGUCCUGGCAUUGACCACUGACCUCCAGACCGCUCGGGCUCUGACGGUCAUCUCAGCGGUUUUGGGUGUCCAGGCUCUGAUGAUAACCAUCGCCGGCGCUCAGUGCACCAACUGCAUCACUAAGCAGUCCAUCAAAGCCAAAGUAGUCAAUGUCGGAGGGGUGAUAUACAUCAUCGCAGGCUUGUUUGUGCUGGUGCCUCUGUGCUGGAUGGCCAAUAGCAUCAUCUCAGACUUCUACGACCCUCAAGUGCCUUAUUCAAAGAAGAGAGAAAUUGGAGCGGCGCUCUACAUCGGAUGGGCAGCGUCUUCCAUGCUUCUGGUCGGAGGAGUGAUUCUUUGUUUCUCUCGUCCACAUGAUGAGAAAACCUCAUAUCCUCUCAAAUAUGUACCUCCACCUAUAAAAAGUGCAUCAGUUAAUGGGGACUAUGAUAAACGAAACUACGUGUGAGCCUCAGUGUUCAACCAUGGACUAGUAGGUUCAAAUUUAUAUGAAAAUGGUGCUUUAACUCAGCUCUGUUUCUUUUAAAGGAGUGUGAGAAAUGUUUUUUUUAAGUACAAAUAUUGCACAUUCAUUAAAAGUGCAUGUAUUUACAAAAAAAAGAAAAAAGAUUUUAAAAUAGCUUAAAUGAUGAAAAAUUGUCAGACUGCAGUCAGCUUCCCACUUACAUGCAACAGGUCUUGUACCAAGCUUAGCAAACAUUCAGAUAAUCAAUUGACAGAAUGUAUAAACUUUGUAUCUAUGUAUAAACUAUGUACGAUAUUAGCUCCUUUAACAGUAUAAUAGUCAUAAUAAUACAUAAUAAUGUAUUAGAUGUACACGGGUAUCUUUGUCUUAACCGAUGAUAUUAGGGUCAGCAGCUCACUUGUUUGUGUUUGAUUUUAAUCUCUCUAGCUUAAGGGGGAGAUGGUAGGGUCUACAUUUCUUGUUUUUGUUCCGCUUUAUGAGCGUGCACUAAUUGACGCUCUGUGCUUCAAUAAGACACUGAAUAAUGCCUCUUGUUCUGCCUUUAGACUCCACGCUGUAGUUUUGAUCAUCUAAACCUCCAGAUUGUACAUAAUUGUAUGAAUCCAUUUUUCAGUAAAUCUGUGCAUAUUAAAAGUAAUAAAUAAAAAGUCUGUUGGUAAUAA